AUCCAGUCUUACAAAAUGAACCUUUUCUCUUUCACCAGAGUAGUGCCCAUCUUUUGUGAUGUGUUAACCCUUCUAGUUUAUCAGGAAAGAGGGAAACAGAAUUUUCAUUUUUUUAAAUUAUUAAUUGAUGAUGUGUAUUGGUGGUUUGCUGGGAGGACACACUGUUUUCUCCCUGUAUCUGCAUGUAGUCUUUACUCUUGGGGUGUGCAUCUCUGCUAACUCUGGGUAUCCUAGUCUCUUGUUAGAAGAACAUCAGUCCAUUUGAAUUGGGGCCAUCCAAAUGGCCUCAUGCUGUAUUCAUUCUUUAAAGAUCAUGUGGCCAAAUGUAUCACAUUCUGAGACGGUAGGGAUUAGAGGUAGCACACAGUUUGGCCUGUAGUAGAUGACAGCCAGCUAAAAAGUUACAAGAAGCCACAGGAGAAGUGAGAGUGAUUUGAAACAGAUUGGCCGCAGCAGCGGAAAUUGAUGACAAGCGGUUGGAUAUGGAUUUAUGAAUUUUGAAGUGGAGCCAACAAAUUUUUGACACCUUGUUUGUGAGGUAUAAAACAAAAGAGAGUUCAAGGUGACCCUUCAAGUUUUUGGAUGGAUUGAGAAUUUAUUGUCAGUGUAAGGAAGGCCUUGCUUACUCCUUUGAUUGGAAGGCAAGAGUAGAUUCCAGGCAAGUUCUAGGCACUCAUUUCUGUAAACUCAGCCUCAUAAAAGAAAGUAGGAAUAAUGUUCUCUGAUGGUUUUAGGAUUCGAGGGUUGGUUGUGAGAGGGACAGAGCAUGUUCUCUGCUCAAGAUGUUGGUGAUUUUUCUGACAACUGUUUUCUAAAAGGGAAGACUGUGUUUGGUGUGGCUUUUUCCCACCAGGCAUCCCUUUAGCACUUUGACACCCACCAUGCAUAAACUGACAAGGUGGACUCUGAUUCACCAUCUUGGUAAGAAAUACAUAGAGAAGCAUCCGCUUAUGUGAUAAGGGUGGAUAUUCUAUUGUCUAACAAGAUUCACUAAAUGAGUGUAUUCACACUUCCUAAGAUACUAUCAGAUGAGCAGAGAGAAUGGGUUUAGAGUGUAAGGAGUUUCUCUAUGAUGCCAGGAGACAUCCAAACAAUAGCUACUGCCAUACGGAAUGUUGAAAAUACUGAUCACAGUCACUGUUUAGCACAACUGUGUCUGUGCUGUUGAGUUCACAUUUCUCAAAGACGGUUUGCUUUACUUACAGUUGCUAGUCUUACAGCACAUUGUUGUCUGCCUCUGUCUGUCUCCAGCACAAAGGUACAUAUAUAUGCCUUGUAGUCUUGACUUAUUCAGUUCUUAUAUCUUCCAAAACUAAAUUGUGAAGCCUUUCCAAGUGACUUUUAGAACACUGAUAUCUGUUUAAAGCUUUUUCUUUUUUUCAAUUGCUUAAAUUUAUCACUCACUACAAUAAGCAAGGGCAGUGUCUUUGCCUUUCAGAAAGAAAUAAUAAAAAUUGCUGAGUGAAAAUUAAAAACCUGGAAUUAAUAAACUGACAAAAUAGGAAGUCAUCUAUUAUGGGUUACCAGGAAAAUGGCAAUGAAAACGGCUCAGGAAGACCAAUGGAAAACCACGUAGAAGGGAGCCAUAGAAAAUGUACACUUCAGAAGAGAGGUGUAACCAGAGAACUCAAAAAAGAAAAAUAUACCAUGUAUGCCCUCAGAAGGGGAAAAAGAUUUAUAUUCAUGUACAUGAGAUUACUCAAAUAGAUAAUCAAAUAUAUCAGUGCCUUGAACGUGAACAGAACUUUUGUGAAAACAUAGCACAUAUGUGUGAGAAAACAUAUACUGGGGAGAAACCUUAUAGAUGUGAUAUGUGUGAGAAAACCUUCAUCCAAAGUUCAGAUCUUAUUUCACACCAGAGGAUCCACACUUAUGAGAAACCUUAUAAGUGUAGCAAAUGUGAGAAGAGCUUUUGGCACCACUUAGCCCUUUCAGGACACCAGAGAACACAUGCAGGUAAAAAGUUUUAUACCUGUGACAUCUGUGGCAAGAACUUUGGUCAGAGCUCUGACCUGCUUGUCCACCAACGAAGCCAUACAGGUGAAAAACCUUAUCUGUGUAACGAGUGUGAUAAGUGCUUCAGUCGAAGUACAAAUCUCAUAAGGCACAGAAGAACUCACACAGGUGAGAAACCGUUUAAGUGUCUGGAAUGUGAAAAAGCUUUUAGUGGGAAAUCAGAUCUUAUUAGCCACCAAAGGACUCAUACUGGUGAAAGACCCUACAAAUGCAAUAAAUGUGAGAAAAGUUAUCGACACCGGUCAGCCUUCAUUGUACAUAAAAGAGUUCAUACCGGGGAGAAGCCGUACAAGUGUGGUGCCUGUGAGAAGUGCUUUGGUCAGAAAUCAGACCUUAUUGUACACCAGAGAGUCCAUACCGGUGAGAAACCAUAUAAAUGCUUGGAGUGUAUGAGAAGUUUUACUCGGAGUGCCAACCUAAUUAGGCACCAGGCAACUCACACCCAUACUUUCAAAUGUCUUGAAUAUGAGAAAAGUUUCAACUGUGGCUCAGACCUUAUUGUACAUCAGAGAAUUCACAUGGAGGAAAAACCACAUCAAUGGUCUAUGUGUGAGAGUGGUUUCUUCCUAGGUAUGGACUUCAUUGCCCAGCAGAAAAUGAGGACUCAAACAGAGGAGCUGCAUUAUAAAUACAGUGUAUGUGAUAAAAGCUUUCAUCAUAGCUCAGCCCUUCUUCAACAUCAGACAGUACACAUUGGUGAAAAAUACAUCUGUAAUGUGAGUGAAAAAGGUCUGGAUCUUAGCUCUCAUGCAUCGGAAACCUCUCGGACGUCUUGAUAAGAAAUCACAUAACCUUAAAAAAAAAGGUAUUUUACACAUCUGAACUCAUUAAGAGAAAGACUUUUUGGUGAAUUCAGAUUUCCCUCAGAUCUCAGACUUUAUUGGGAGCCAGAGAGAAAGAGAGUCUACAGUCUUAGGAACUGUAAGAAAAGCUUUAUGCAGAGAAUGGCUUUAUCAGGACACCAUUAUUAGCCACAUUUGUGAGGAACUCCACAAAUGCUCUGGGUUUUGGAAAACCUUCCACACAAGAAGGUUCAUACAGAUAGGAAGCCGUACACGUGCAGUAUGGGAGCUCUCCAGUAAUGUUAAGCCUUCAUCAUUACAAGAGAAUUCACACCAGAGAACAACCAUUUAAAUGCUUUGUGUCAGCAGUACUUUGGACAAUAUGUACACCUUAUUGGAUAUCAGAAAAGUCACCCUGGGGAAAAAACCCAGAAAUUACAGGAAAAAACUCUAACAAAAUUCUGACUUUCUUACCCAUCUUAGAAGCCAUACUGGUGUAGAUGAAUAUUUGUCUUGACUGUGGCAGAAACAUUUGUUGGAGAGUCUUACAUGGGUUUGCAUCCUCCUAAACAAGAAUCAGAAGACAGAUAAGUGUCUGAAUGAGAAAAGCUUGUUAAUUUUCAGCUUUUGGGGUGUAUCAGGAAACUCACAGCAGUGGAAACCCAUAAAUACUUUGUGUCUGAGGAGCUGAUCUAAUCGGGCCCCAAAGAACCGGUUCUCCAGAGGAGUUGUUCCAGUGUGAGAGAUCUAGUUGUGGGUGAGAAUCUGUAUAUAUGCUGUGUCUGAGAAGAGCUGUUCUUGUAGUUGAACCAUAUUGUAAAAAAUUAAAUAGAGUUGUAUGGAAGGAAAUAGUGUCUUAGCAACCCAGAAGUUUAUUCUGGAGGAGCUGGGGCAGGUCAGCAUGGAUCUGAAAUGUAACUCAGGUAAAGAUGCUUUUCUUUUGUCUGAACCACUUAAUGAUUGCUUUAAAAAACUCAUAAAUCCAGUAAAGGAAAGGAUUGUAAUUUUGUGUAUAAGGUAGAGUAUGGGUUAUUGGAAGAAAGGAGUGCUUUGAUUUUUGCUUGCUUUUUUUUUUUUUUUUAAACUCUCUUCUCUAGAAUGGGAAUGGUGUAUUGCUAGCAGGCUGUGAAAAGAACUAAGAAGCUAGGGAGUAUUUAGUUUGAGUUAAAAUUCUCAGUAGUUACCCCAUUGCAUGACCAACUUCAGCAGAAAACUGAAUAUUCAGCUCUUUGUCUCAAGAUCUGCCCUCAAAAUUGUCCAAAUUGUCCCUAAAGUAUCUUUUGGAGUUAACGCUGAAAUUUCAGAUUUAGAGAUUCAUUUCUUUUUAAGUCAAAAUAACAAACUCCAGGAUACUGGUUAUGAUGAUGAUACAGUAUCUAGGUUUUUGUGACUUGUUACAUCUCUUUUAGUGAUAAAUGCUGUAUCAGCUGGCUCAGAGCAGGAGUAGGGUGAAAGUUGUUAACCAGAGAACUCAGAGGAGAGACACAAUGAAGCACUCUUCAUGGAGGGAGCAGACACUGAUUUUGAGGGUCCUGACUCCAAAGCUUAUGUUCUAUAUUCUAUUAUCCUGAUGCUUGCAGCAAAUUAAGCUUCAUAAUGACACAUUUUUUUCAUUUAUUUCAGUUCUGUCAAGGAAAGAAAAAUACAGUUUAAUCCCAGGGAAAGGAUUGCAGUCAACACAAUGUAAGGUAUAUUCUUGGUUUGGAAUGCAGGAUUCUAAAUGUUAGAAAAGUGGUUGGCAGAUUCACCUGAGGUUUAAGGAUAAACAUUUGUUUCCAGUACAGAGAAGGUUAAUGUUUAACAUACUUUGGAUAGCUCACGACCCAAGCAUCUUAUGGUUACUUCUCAUUAUUUUUCUUUCUUUGGCUUAAAAGACUUUUAAUUCAAAUAUUUCAAGUUCCCGUGGUAUUUGGGACUCUGUAGAGUACAAUUAUUUUAUUGUUAAUCGCAGUCCUCUGGUUUUGUUGUAAUUUGUUUUGUGAACCCCUGAAUUCCAUGGGGUAUAAGUGUUUAGCGUCAUGAAAUUGAUCCGGUGAUUCCUUACAUGUGGCUGUAAGCUCUCAACCUGAUAGUUGUUUGAUAAUCAUAAUCUUAAGGCCAGUGAAUUUAGCUCAGUAAAGAACCUGGUUCCAGUGUUUUUCCUUUUAAAAAACAGGUUGUGUCAGUUUUAUUCUGACACAUUGUAGUAAUUUUUAUAAAUAACUUUAGUACUAUGAAAAUUUGUCCAUUGUGAUAAACACACACAAUGAUAUAUAUUUUUCUCCUUGGGGAAUAUCAUGCCUAUUACUAGCAAAAGUUUAAUAAUUGUGAUGCUUAAAAUAAUAUUGGUGUAUGACAACCACAGUAAAAAAAAUGAAUUAUUUAUUAUGGCUGCUCAUUAGUCAAUAGCGAGACCAUGGAGAAAGAGACAAAGUUUAAAACAUUAAUAGGUUGGUGAUUUACCCUUCAGCCUGUCUCACUGGUAAUUGUCUGUAGUCUCUAAGUAAACUAACAGUGGACCAUUCCUCAAACAGAACUUUGAGGAUGUAAAGCAGGCCUGAGGCCUGUUAACUAUGGUGAGAAGGUGUUGGUAUUACAUAGCAUAACCUGAGGUUGGAGAGGACCACUUGGGAGCCUGUUACCAAAGCUAGAAGGUGGUAACUUCUGGGAUGGAUGGAGGUUCCCUUGAAGCAGUGCCAACCCAAAUCUACCUCAGGUAAGUAGUUAGAGUAACUUUUUCAAGAUUUCAGACCAAAUGAGAUAAAUUAUAUUCCAUCCAUGUACUCCUCUAUGCUUUAUUGUUUUUGUUUACCUUUAAUUCUUAAAUAAACAUUUGUUCU